AUGGACAAUGGAGUCCCACAACCAGUCACAAUGAGUCCCAAAAACUGGGCAGGUGGUGAGCUCAAUCCACAAGAUGCUUGGCUACCCCUCACAGAGUCCAGAAAAGGGACUAUCUAUUCUACUACCUUUCAUCUUCUGUGUUCAGGACUUGGAAUUCAAGCCCUUUUACUACCUGUUGCUUUUGCUACUCUUGGAUGGGCAUGGGGAAUCAUAUGCUUGUCAAUAGUGUGUUCAUGGAAGUUCUACACGAUGUCACUCCUUGUACGAUUACAUGAAUCUGAUUCUGGAAUUCGAUAUAGUAGAUACGUCCACCUUGCAGUAACUGCCUUUGGUCCAAAGCUAGGGAUGUUGUUAGCUUUGUUCCCAGCAAUGUAUCUUUCUGGUGGUGCGUGUGUGCAGCUAAUCAUCAUAGGAGGUGGAAUUAUAAAGCUUCUAGUAAGAACAGUGUGCAAGGAUGGUGCAACUUGUGAUCCUAAUUCAAUGCAUGGUAUAUUGUGCUUCUUUGUGUUUAUGUUCAUGGCUAUCUGUGUAGCCGAGUACUUCCCCAACUUGAACUCCGUAGCUGGAGUCUCUGUGAUUGGUACCAUUACAGCAAUUGUAUAUUGUACCAUGAUAUGGGCUCUUUCAAUCGGCAAGGGCAGGCUUAAUGAUGUAUCGUAUGAGCCUCCAGCUAUGGACUCUACCAUGGAGUCCUUCAGUAGUGUACUGAAUUCAGUUGGCAUCAUUUUCCUUGCAUUCAGAGGUCAAAAUGUUAUCCUUGAGAUACAGGGGACAUUGCCAUCAAACCCAAGACAUCCUUCAUGUAAGAGAGCGUGGAGUGGAGUGACUAUAUCACAUGUAGUAAUAGCCUUGUGUUUGUUUUCUCUUGCACUUGGUGGAUAUCGGGCUUAUGGAAACAAGGUACCUUUCGCGAAUACAGAAGUGGUGAAAGCCGUUUCUCAGUUCCAUGCACAAAAAAUCUCACAAUUUGUCCUGGAACUACUUUGCAUACUGGUAUUGAUAAACUGCUUGACUACAUUCCAAAUCUAUGGCAUGGUAGUUUUUGACAACUUUGAGAUGAAGUACACCAUUAGGAAGAAGCAGCCGUGCCCGAGAUGGCUUCGGAUAGUUUUACGCCUUUUCGUUGGUGGAUUUGCAUUCUUUUUAGCAGUUGCCUUGCCAUUCUUGGGAAGACUAUCACCCCUACUUGGGGCAGUUACAUCAGUGCCUUUGACAUAUGUUUAUCCAUGUUUUAUGUGGAAUUCUAUCAAGAAACCAAAGCCAAAAGGCGUCAUUUGGUGUACUAAUAUGGGACUCGGAUGCUUGGGAGUGGUUUUGAGUGUUCUUUUUGUUGUUGCAGCAGCUUGGGAUUUGGCUGACAAGGGCUUGGUUGCCAACUUCUUCAAGCCGUAA